UGGCGCCUGUCAAGAAAAGUCCAACUAGGGCAGCCGGAGGAGAGCGAAAGGGCAGCCGCGCCGGGCCCGGAUGCUGCACCGAUUACACCAUUCUUGGGCGAAAGCGAUUGGGCCGUGGUAACCUCUUCCAAUCGAACACUCUACAAAUUAUUAUCUCUGGACUUCCAGCUGACAUCCUGCCGGAGGCAAGAGCAGCUCAGCCAACUGGAACUGUGCCUUUUCUCUUGUCAAGGUUUUUUUCUUACACAGGAAAAAGAAAGAAAAAAAAAAGAUGAAGUUGGGCAGAGUGGAGUUCUGCCAUUUGCUGCAGUUCAUAGCACUUUUCCUGUGUUUUUCUGGCAUGCAUCAAGCAGAACUUUCAAGAUCCAGAUCGAAGCCCUAUUUCCAAUCGGGGCGGUCCCGGACCAAGCGCAGCUGGGUGUGGAAUCAGUUCUUUGUGCUGGAGGAAUACAUGGGUUCAGACCCCCUCUAUGUAGGAAAGCUUCACUCUGAUGUUGAUAAAGGAGAUGGCUCCAUCAAAUACAUCUUGUCAGGCGAAGGGGCAAGUUCCAUUUUCAUUAUUGAUGAGAACACAGGGGAUAUUCAUGCGACCAAGAGGCUGGACCGCGAGGAACAGGCCUACUACACGCUCCGGGCCCAGGCUCUGGACAGACUCACCAACAAGCCUGUGGAGCCUGAGUCUGAAUUCGUCAUCAAGAUCCAGGACAUCAAUGACAACGAACCCAAAUUCCUAGAUGGCCCCUAUACUGCCGGAGUCCCUGAAAUGUCUCCAGUGGGAACCUCGGUGGUACAAGUGACAGCAACAGACGCUGAUGACCCCACGUAUGGCAACAGUGCCCGCGUUGUCUACAGCAUUCUGCAAGGACAGCCGUACUUCUCUGUGGAACCCAAGACAGGAGUCAUCAAGACCGCCCUUCCCAACAUGGAUAGAGAGGCUAAAGACCAGUAUUUGCUUGUUAUUCAGGCAAAGGAUAUGGUUGGUCAGAAUGGAGGACUCUCAGGAACAACGUCGGUCACCGUGACCCUGACUGAUGUCAAUGAUAACCCACCUCGCUUUCCUCGAAGAUCUUACCAGUAUAAUGUCCCAGAAUCAUUGCCAGUGGCCUCAGUUGUGGCCAGAAUCAAGGCCGCCGAUGCCGAUAUAGGAGCUAAUGCUGAAAUGGAAUAUCAAAUAGUGGAUGGAGAUGGAUUGGGGGUGUUCAAGAUUUCUGUGGACAAAGAUACACAGGAAGGAAUCAUUUCUAUCCAGAAGGACCUGGAUUUUGAAGCCAAAACGAGUUACACGCUCCGGAUAGAAGCUGCAAACAAAGACGCCGACCCUCGCUUCCUCAGCUUGGGGCCCUUUAGCGACACAACCACUGUGAAGAUCAUCGUGGAGGAUGUGGAUGAACCCCCCGUUUUUUCUUCCCCCUUGUACUCCAUGGAGGUGUCAGAGGCAACUCCAGUCGGGAACAUCAUUGGUACAGUAGCAGCUCAUGACCCGGAUGCCUCGAAUAGCCCCGUAAGGUAUUCAAUUGACAGAAACACAGACUUGGAGAGAUACUUCAAUAUCGAUGCCAACAGUGGUGUUAUUACCACCGCCAAAUCUUUGGAUCGAGAAACAAAUGCUGUCCAUAAUAUCACAGUCCUUGCAAUGGAGAGCCAGAAUCCAUCCCAAGUAGGAAGAGGCUACGUGGCCAUUACCAUCCUGGAUAUUAAUGACAAUGCCCCUGAGUUUGCCAUGGACUACGAGACCACAGUCUGUGAGAAUGCACAACCAGGACAGGUGAUCCAGAAAAUCAGUGCCGUUGAUAAAGACGAACCCUCCAAUGGCCACCAGUUUUAUUUCAGCUUAACCACAGAGGCAACGAAUAACCACAACUUUUCAUUAAAAGAUAACAAAGACAACACGGCUUCCGUUCUCACCAGGAGGAAUGGCUUCCGGAGACAGGAGCAGUCUGUUUACUACCUGCCCAUCUUCAUCGUCGACAGCGGGUCACCUUCCCUCAGCAGCACCAACACCCUCACCAUCCGGGUCUGUGACUGUGAUGCAGAUGGGAUAGCUCAGACCUGCAACGCUGAGGCCUACGUUCUACCUGCAGGUCUCAGCACGGGAGCUCUCAUCGCAAUACUUGCCUGCGUUUUGACGCUUCUGGUGCUCAUCCUCCUGAUCGUCACCAUGCGGCGGCGGAAAAAAGAGCCGCUGAUCCUGGACGAGGAGCGCGACAUCCGCGAGAACAUCGUGCGCUACGACGACGAGGGCGGCGGCGAGGAGGACACGGAGGCCUUCGACAUGGCCGCGCUCAGGAACCUGCACGUCCUGCGGGACACCAAGACGCGCCGGGACGUCACGCCCGAGAUGCAGUUCCUGAGCCGGCCGGCCUUCAAGAGCCUCCCGGACAACGUCAUCUUCCGGGAGUUCAUCUGGGAGCGGCUCAAGGAGGCCGACGUGGACCCGGGCGCGCCGCCCUACGACUCGCUGCAGACCUACGCCUUCGAGGGCGACGGCUCGGUGGCCGGCUCGCUGAGCUCGCUGGACUCGGGCAGUUCCAACUCGGACCAGAACUACGACUACCUGAGCGACUGGGGGCCGCGCUUCAAGCGGCUGGCGGACCUGUACGGGCCCGGCCCCGAGAGCCUCUACUCCUAGCC